AUUUGAUUUAAAGUUCAAUCUUCGUUUGAAAAUUUUCACUAGAAAUGAUAAUAUUAAACAAAAACAAAAGAAAACGAGGGGAAAAGGGCAAUUUAGCAUCAACAGAAACUAUUUUAAUGUAAUCCCUGAGCAGUGCCCUUAACCUCUCUAAAUCACUUUCUUCCUCGACCUAGGUCAUAUUUUGAUGUUUAUUUCUUGAGCCCAUUCUUUAAUUCAUAUGGGUUGUGUUAAUUUGAUAUGGUAAGCUAUUCUAAUUUUUCUUGAAAAGAAAAAAAUACCGUCUUUUUGCCCCAAUUUUUUUAACCCCUUGGUAUCCCUGGCUGGGUUUGCUAGUAUCAGAUUCUAUAUCAUGUUGGGAUAUUUUACCUGAACACAUGCAAGCUAAUCUGCUGCUCAGAUAUGGUGAGAGAGUGAAAUGGAACAAAAGGCUGGUAGGAUUUCUUUGGCAGUUUGUUCAAUAGCUUGGACAUAUUAUGCCAAAUUCUUGAAUUUAUGUCCAAGAAAUCAAACGGGUAGUAUUUGUGUUAUGGCGUAUUUGUGUUAGCCCUUACCUAUUUACUUCUGAUUCGAAAAAUGAUAAAAAUAUUGAUGAAUAACUGUUAGAAAUGUCAAAAAUGGGUUAUAAGUCCCUGUUCCUUUGGUUCUUGAUGACAUCUGCAAUGUUCAUGUUAUCAUGGUUUUUAGUGCUGAGAUCAACUGGCUUGUCCCAUUCCUUCGAUUUCGGUAUACUGCCAAAUUCCAAGUUCCUUGAAGUUCUUGCAAACAGCAAUCUUGAUGAAACUGCAAAUUCAAGAAAAUGUUAUUCGAAUGACAUGCCAAUGCCUGUUCUGAAGGUUUACAUGUAUGACCUGCCUUCAGAAUUUCAUUUUAAUCUGUUAGGCUGGAAAAAUACUGGUGAGGGUGUUUGGCCCGAUAUUCGUGUAGAGGUUCCUGAAUAUCCAGGUGGAUUGAAUUUGCAGCAUAGCAUAGAAUAUUGGCUGACUUUAGAUCUCUUGAGCUCGGAAUUCGCUGAUAAUUUGAAAGGGCGCAGUGCAAAGCGAGUAAAGAACGCUAGUGAAGCCGAUGUUAUUUUUGUUCCCUUUUUUUCGUCCAUAAGCUAUAACCGAGGCUCGAAAUUGAAGCCUGGUGAGGAAAAGAGUAGUAAUAUUGUAUUACAGGAGAAAUUGGUCGAAUAUUUGACGGCUCAAGAGGAAUGGAAGAAAACCGGGGGAAUUAAUCAUGUGAUUGUUGCUCAUCAUCCGAAUAGCCUUUUGAAUGCAAGGAUGAAGCUGUGGCCCGCGAUGUUUAUUCUUGCUGAUUUUGGGAGGUAUCCCCCGACCAUUGCAAAUGUCGAGAAAGACGUUAUUGCCCCUUACAGGCACAUUAUCAGGAAUUACGUGAAUGACUCGUCUGAUUUUGAUAGUCGUCCAACUUUGCUGUAUUUUCAAGGAGCUGUAUAUAGGAAAGAUGGAGGAACAAUUCGGCAAGAGCUAUAUUACAUGCUACAGAACGAGUCAGACGUGCACUUCUCAUUCGGAACCUUCCAGAACAAAGGGGUCCACCAGGCUUCCAAAGGCAUGCGCACGUCCAAAUUCUGCCUCAACAUAGCUGGCGACACCCCUUCGUCUAACCGUCUUUUCGAUGCCAUUGUCAGCCAUUGUGUGCCUGUCAUCAUAAGCGACGAUAUUGAGCUUCCAUAUGAAGACAUUCUCGACUAUUCCGAGUUUUGUGUGUUUGUUCGGACUUCGGAUGCCUUGAAGGAAAACUUCUUGCUCAACCUCAUAAGGAGUGUGGGUAAAGAGGAGUGGAAGAGAAAGUGGGACCGACUGAAAGAGAUCGAGCAGUUUUAUGAGUUUCGGUAUCCUUCGAGAGAAAACGAUGCAGUUCAGAUGAUCUGGCAGGCGAUUUAUAGGAAGGUUUUUGCUGUUAGGAAGAAAAUUCACAAGGACAGGCGUUUUUCAAGGACAAGUGUUGCAAUGGAGAUGACUAUGAGGUCAGUUUCUGUGCCAAAGGGUUUUGGACGGUAAUUUGCUAGGGUUCGGGCCUCUGAGGUAAAUGGAGAAG